UCCAAUUGCUAAGUAAAAUUUUAUGAUGAGUAGCUUCGGAAAAAUAAAUUCCAUUUCUACCCCGCCAAAAAGAAAAUUCCAGAGCUUAUUAAAUUUUUAUCAUCCUUGGACAUUUCACAUCACACAUCAAAUUUAGUCGGGCCUAGGGUAAUCUUUUCGCACCUCAAUUCUCCAGAUCGAAUCGUUUCUCCACAUUAAAAUAAUAUAAUGGGCAAACCAAAGCGCAAUGUCUUCGCUGCGGCUGAAGAAACAUCUACCCCGCCAGACACACUGACGGAAACACAAUCCAUUGCUCGUGUUAUCAAAGCUGAAGGAAACAGCUUAUACUCUUGUACGCUCCCAGACAAGUCAGCUAUCCUGGUCGAAUUACCUUCACGAUUCCGCAACACAAUUUGGAUCAAACGUGGUGGUUAUGUCUUGGUCGAUACCAAAGACGCGAACGUGAGAGAGAAUAAGAUUGGUGGUGAAAUCAUAAAUGUCGUCCGGGACGAACACAUUUGGCGGAAAGAAACUUAUUGGUAGGUUUCGCGUUAUAUGAGGAUCAAUUCGACUCAUUAACACGUUUCAACAGGCCCAAGGAAUUUCCCAAGAGCUCUGCAUAUAUCGAGGAUUCGGAUGACGAGGAGUCGACCGUUGGUAAAAUGCCACCAUCAGAUUCGGACGAGGAAUGAUAUGGCAAAUAUCCUAGGGAGCGAGAAAAUCUCUGCUCACACCAAAUCAAGACUUCUUUUUGUCGACCCCUCCUUGGCCUUUGGGAACGACGAAAUCUAGCCUUGUUCCCCACCAUACAGCCGCCACGGUAAUGAACAUAAUACUGACUACCGUCAAAGAACUCAUGGCAGUACUAGGGUAC